UGUUUAUAGUCUUCAGAGUCUCAGGAACCUCUCUCUCUCUCUCUCUAUGUUUCCGAGCAACAUCUCUAUAAAACCUCUCACUCUCACUCGCUACGGCAACCCACAAAUCAAACGCCAACCAACCUCGUAACGAUUAAAGAAGGAAGACCAAGUCUUCUUCUGAUCUCUCAAACAGCCUCAUCCGUUUCUGGCCUUUAUUCGACUCCCAUCGACCAUGAUUACCGACGAUCCCAGUCCGCAUCUGAGACCGAUCAUGAUCCGGGAGGUCUGGUCGGCUAAUUUGGACUCUGAAUUUGAGCUGAUAAGGGGCGUCAUCGACAGUUACCCAUAUAUUUCCAUGGAUACAGAGUUCCCCGGCCUUGUUUUCCGGCCUGCUGUGGAUCCCGCCAAGCCGUACUUCGGUCAGCUUCGGCCGUCUGAUCAUUACCGUGUUAUGAAAAGCAACGUCGACGUUCUGAACCUUAUCCAGGUGGGCCUCACUCUCUCCGACGCCGACGGGAACCUUCCGGACCUCGGUACUGGGAACCGGUUCAUCUGGGAGUUCAACUUCAACGACUUUGACGAGGCGCGUGAUGCCCACGCUCCUGACUCGAUCGAGUUGUUGAAAAGGCAAGGGAUUGACUUCGACAGAAAUAGGGAGGAGGGCGUCGACUCGGCUCGGUUUGCCGAGUUGAUGAUGUCAUCGGGACUCGUUUGUAACGAUUCUGUGAGUUGGGUGACGUUUCACAGCGCGUACGACUUUGGGUACCUGGUGAAGAUCCUCACGCGCCGGAAACUACCGAGUGGUAUGGAGGAAUUCUUGAAAAUUAUGAGGAUCUUUUUCGGAAACAAGGUUUACGACGUCAAGUACAUGAUGAGGUUCUGUAAUAGCUUGUAUGGCGGCCUGGACCGGGUGGCCAGGACCCUCGACGUGAACCGGGUGGUUGGCAAAUGCCACCAGGCCGGUUCAGAUAGUUUGCUGACGUGGCACGCGUUUCAAAAGAUGAGGGAUGUGUAUUUUGUAAGUGAUGGGCCGGAAAAACAUGCCGGCGUCUUGUAUGGCUUAGAAGUGUUUUAAACUUUUAAAAUUAUAUAUUCAUUUUUUAUUCCA